AAGGGGGUAUCUUUUCUGCAGACUUUUAAGGUGUGCCCAUUACCCAAAAGUCCUCCAUGUCACUAGGCUAGACUGCAGACUAGACUGAGAAGCAGACUCAGGCUAGAAGCAGACUCAGGUUGCCUUCCCUCUUCCCUCCCUCCCUCCUUCCUUCCUUCUUUCCCAUGCUGUCUGCAGUUUCCAGUGCCCCUGGCUGCUUAGAGUUUCCACUGAUGCCUCCUCCCCAGCCUUCUCUCUCUGGCUUGCCAUUUGGGGUUGAUGGAUAUGGCAACCUGAUAUGCAGGAUACUCUGCGAUAUUCUGAACAAAGAAAAUUAGAAGGAAAUCGGGGCAUCUGUCAGACACAUCCCUGGAGUUAAGCGACUCGUGACGAUUUCGCUACUUGUCCUGCCUUGCCCUUCUUUUCUGGCCCCUGAAGUCCCAGUACUCAACAGUACAAGAGAUGCCAGGCACCGUGGGUACUGCCGGCCGUCUUUACCAUCCCCGCCAGUGGCGCUGCCGCCUCCGCGGUUCGGGUGAUUGCCCACAGUGAGUAUCAAAAGUCCAAAAGAAUUUCCAUCUUUCUGAGCAUGCAAGAUGAAAUUGAGACAGAAGAGAUUAUCAAGGACAUUUUCCAACGAGGCAAAGUCUGUUUCAUCCCUCGGUAUCAGUUCCAGAGCAAUCACAUGGAUAUGGUGAGACUAGAAUCACCAGAGGAAAUUUCUUUACUUCCCAAAACAUCCUGGAAUAUCCCUCAGCCUGGUGAGGGUGAUGUUCGGGAGGAGGCCUUGUCCACAGGGGGACUCGAUCUCAUCUUCAUGCCAGGCCUUGGGUUUGACAAACAUGGCAACCGACUGGGGAGGGGCAAGGGCUACUAUGAUACCUACUUGAAGCGCUGUUUGCAGCAUCAGGAAGUGAAGCCCUACACCCUAGCGUUGGCUUUCAAAGAACAGAUUUGCCUCCAGGUCCCAGUGAAUGAAAAUGACAUGAAGGUAGAUGAAGUCCUUUACGAAGACUCAUCAGCAUCUUAAAUCUGGAUUACUACAGCCGAAUAAUCAGUGUUUUAUAUGAGAGUAAAGCAAAGUAUGUGUAUUUUUCCUAUGUCAAAAAUUAGUUGAAAUUGUACAACUAAUUUUUGUGAAUACAGACUGCAUUUUAAAAUUGUAAUUAUAAAAUACCUUAUAUAAAACUAUCUUUAAAAACCAAUAGAAGUGUGACUAGUAGAAUAUUAAUUGAAAUGGAGGCUAUCAGCCUAUGAUUUUCAGCUUAA